AAAUCUCUCAGUCCCACUCACAUGAUCCAUCUUUUCUCUGAGCCGAAUUUAGGGAAGAGCGCGCAGGAGCCAGAUAAGGUAAGAUUUAUAUUUACCCUUUUAGAGGCGCCCCCUCCCUCGCUGCCCCGUCACCUCGGCGCGGCUAGGCUCCCCGCGGUCCCGCACUGCGGCACCCAGAGGGCACCCGCCUCCGGCGCCCACCGCGCCCUGGCGCCCCAGGAUCUCGGCUGCCCAGACCCCCGACCGCUGAAGCUCACAAGACGCCUUCCCAGCCCCGGUGCGCGCUGGACCUUUGUGCCCCUCUGUUGCUGCCCCCAAGAGCAGGACCCUGGUGCCUCUUUCCCCUACACCCUCACAGGGAAGAAGUUAGUCCCUUCUUCCUCUCUCCCUCCUGCCCGUCCUCUGCUCCGCUGCACGCUGCGAAGUCUGGCUUGGGGACGCAGUUCCCCAGCAGCCACCGGGUCCGCGCCCAGUCUUCCAGCGCCCUCUGCUGGAGCGCGACUGGCCGCCCGGCGUGAGCAGGCGGCUGCCGGGAGCGCCGCGUCCUACCAACUCCCUGGCGUCGGUCCUCGCCCGGAUCUUAAGCGCACUGUCUUAGGAGUCGGGACUGCUCUGAGACGCCCUCCCCAGCCCUUGGUCCAUUACUUUGACGGAUGGAGACAUGGGGGACCCGCAGCGCUGAUCGCGGCUGUAGUGAGGACAGACCCCGGCUGUCCCCAGACUGGGUCUCAUGGGACGGUGCUCUCAAGUGGGCUCUUUUGGAGUGGAAGCAGGGUCCCUGAUGGGUCACCUCUGUGCACUUGUGCCAGCGCAGCAUGUUUAGGACCCAGGAGCAGCCCGGGGGCGGCUCCCUGGACAGCGGGAGAUCCUCCGAGCCACCCUCCCCACUCCACCCCCUACCGGGUGUGCGGCUCAGAUGUCCGAGUAGCGGCGGCUCUGACGCUUCGCAGCCUCAGUCUGCGGCAGCAGGGGCUUACUGCCCUGGCCCCUGCGCGGCCCCCUCCCCCAACCCCAUGCCUCAGCCCUAACCCUGCAGCCCUCCCCCGCGGGGGGCCCCUUGCCUGUCGCGUCUAAGUCAGGCGCCAUGAACGACCAGUACCACCGGGCUGCCCGGGACGGCUACCUGGAGCUCCUCAAGGAGGCCACCAGGAAGGAACUGAACGCCCCCGACGAGGAUGGCAUGACCCCUACCCUCUGGGCUGCCUACCACGGCAACCUGGAGUCGCUCCGCCUCAUCGUGAGCCGCGGGGGUGACCCGGACAAGUGUGACAUCUGGGGCAACACGCCCCUGCACCUGGCAGCUUCCAAUGGCCACCUGCACUGCCUCUCCUUCCUGGUGUCCUUCGGAGCCAACAUCUGGUGCCUGGACAACGACUACCACACGCCGCUGGACAUGGCCGCCAUGAAGGGCCACAUGGAGUGCGUGCGCUACCUGGACUCCAUCGCGGCCAAGCAGAGCAGCCUCAACCCCAAGCUGGUGGGCAAGCUGAAAGACAAGGCCUUCCGCGAGGCGGAGCGGCGCAUCCGCGAGUGCGCCAAGAUGCAGCGCAAGCACCAUGAGCGCAUGGAGCGGCGCUACCGGCGCGAGCUGGCAGAGCGGUCAGACACACUCAGCUUCUCCAGCCUCACGUCCAGCACCCUGAGCCACCGGAUGCAGCAUCUGGCGCUGGGCAGCCACCUGCCCUACUCGCAGGCCACGCUACGCGGCACCGCCAGGGGCAAGACCAAGAUCCAGCGCAAGCUGGAGCGGCGCAAGCAGGGGGGCGAGGGCACCUUCAAGAUCUCCGAGGACGGCCGCAAGAGUGUGCGCUCGCUGUCGGGUCUGCAGCUGGGCAGCGACGUGAUGUUCGUGCGCCCGGGCACCUACGCCAACCCCAAGGAGUGGGGCCGCUCCCCGCUCCGGGACAUGUUCCUCUCGGACGAGGACAGCGUCUCCCGUGCCACGCUGGCGGCCGAGCCUGCCCACUCGGAGGUCAGCACCGACUCAGGCCACGACUCCCUGUUUACCCGCCCCGGCCUGGGCACCAUGGUGUUCCGCAGGAACUACUUGAGCAGCGGACUGCAUGGGCUAGACGGCGCGGGCACGCCGCGGGGCCGGCUGCAGAGCUCUCCCAGCCUGGACGACGACAGCCUGGGCAGUGCCAACAGCCUGCAGGACCGCAGCUGUGGGGAGGAGCUGCCCUGGGACGAGCUGGACUUGGGCCUGGAUGAGGACCUGGAGCCCGAGACCAGCCCACUGGAGGCCUUCCUGGCCUCCCUGCACAUGGAGGACUUCUCCUCCCUCCUGCGGCAGGAGAAGAUCGACCUGGAGGCGCUGAUGCUGUGCUCUGACCUCGACCUCCGUAGCAUCAGCGUCCCCCUAGGGCCCCGCAAGAAGAUCGUGGGGGCCGUGCGGCGACGCAGGCAGGCGCUGGAGCGCCCGCCCGCCAUGGAGGACACAGAGCUGUGA